AGAGACACAGAACUAGGGUUUCAUACACACACAUCACUAGGUUACAAGGUUUCAUCUCCAAGAUCAUUGAUGACGAAAAAAGAAGAGAAGAGGAGAAACACAAUAGAUCUUCCCGACGAUUUGCUCGUGGAGAUACUCUCUAGGGUUCCGGAUGCUUCUCUGGCACGGUUCCGAUCUAGCUCAAAAGGAUGGAACUCUCUUAUCAAAAAAGAAGGGAGACUUGCGAUGAAGUCUCUUGUUGCCAUGUUAACUGAUGAUAGGGUCUAUUUUGCGAGGCUUGAUCUCCACAGCACUACCGAUGUUAACGUUGUAAAGGUAAUAAGUCAGUUCAGCCUCAAUGGUUAUCCUCUUUCUAAUUGUUCAGAAGAAGUUUAUAUACACGAUGUCUUUCACUGCGACGGCCUAUUGCUAUGCACUACUACGGACGAAAAACUAGUUGUUUGGAAUCCAUGUUCAGGAGAAACCAGUAGGAUUAUCAAACCGUUAAACUCCAAACGUAGGUCUGAUACCUACGCUUUCGGCAAAUCCUCAUGCAACAACGAGUACAAAAUCUUGAGGGUGUAUCAUAGUGGAGAUGGUUGGAUGUCACCAUGCCUUGUUAAGUACGAAAUCUAUGACUUUACAUCUAAUUCGUGGAGGGUUCUUGGUGAGGCUAGAGGGUGGACACUUCCAGGGCCCUGGCGACGUGGCACAUCUGUGGAUGGAAAUACUUACUGGCUUUCUUUUGAUUUUAGUCAAGACCGUCAAAGACCGAAAAAUACCUUACGAUAUUUUGAUUAUUCAACAGAGAGGUUUGGACUUGUGUCUCUUCCGGGUGAUCCUCUCUCUUACCAUCCUUUUGUUUUAUCAGUUACUAGAGAAGAGCAAAAACUUUGUCUGUUAACUUCUUGUGACAAGCUACUCCAUAUAGCUGUAUGGAUGGCAACUAAGAUUAUAGGUACAGGAGACAUGUCAUGGAGUAAACUCCUAACAGUGAAACGAACCAGUAGCGACCAGUUCUUUAAGCUUUGUAAAGGAAUGAGUUUCUUGGCCGACCGGGAGAAUAAAGUUAUAGUUCAUCCCAUUAAAGAUAUGAACUGUAGUAACUUGUUACACAUUGUGGGAGAGGAUAAGUACAGAAAAGUGAAACUUUGUGCUGUAGGAUACGCGCGCUCUGCCAGCUGUGCUCCAACUUUGGUUCAAAUCCAACAAGGUUCUUCGGGGGUAGGCACAUGGAAAGCACCAAUCACCAAGUUUUCAUGAUAUUUGAUAAAUUAAAAUGUAAGUCUUGCUACUCCAAAAUGUUUCAGUUACAAUUCCAUUGCUAUUUCUUCUGCGACUGGAACAAUAUAUUUUUGGUUA